CCUCGAGGAGCUGAGUAGCUGUCACUCAAGAGUGUAGCAAUUUGUGUGUCCGUUUGGAAAGGAGAGUGGGGGUUGUUUAAAAAGAGGUGGAGGGCAGGAUGCAGUCGGUCAGCCACAGCGAGCACGUGCUGCAGCAGCUCUGCUCCCAGCUGGAGUACGGCUUCCUGUGUGACUGCUCCAUCGUCGUGGGCGACGUCCACUUCCGGGCCCACCGGGUGCUGCUGGCGGCCUGCAGCUCGUACUUCCACAAGCUCUUCGUCAACCGCCCGGGGGAGGCCCAGCAGGUGUUCCUGAGCUCGCAGGCCGUCAGCCCGGACCACUUCGACUUGAUCCUGCAGCUGAUGUACACCGGCCGGCUGGAGUCCCCCCCUUCCGACCCGGAGCGCUUCAGGGCCUCGCUCCACUUCCUGAAGCUGUACAAUGCCGCCUGGUUUCCCGGCGCGGUGGCCCCCACCGCAGCAGGAGAGAGGGAGGGCGAGGGGGAGGUUCCGCUCGCCUCCGGCAAACGCAGCCCACUCGUCUUUGGCGUGGAGCUGCACCAGGACAAAAACCCGCCCGCCGAGGCUUCCACGUCGCCAGCUAACCACAGCGGUCAGGCCCCGGUCUCCAUCAAAGCCGAAUCCCCGGAGAGUGCGCCUGAAUCGCAAGCGUUCCUGUGCCACCACUGCGGCUUGGCCUUCGAGGAGCAGCGCAGCCUGAGUAACCACCUGCAGCUGCACGCCGAGAAGCCGUUCCACUGCCCGCUGUGCGGCCUGGCUUUUGAGGGCACCCAGCUGCUGCAGGAGCACAUCACCGGCUGCCUGCGCCGGCAGGGAGAGGAGGAGGAGGAGGAGAGCAGGAAGGCAGAGGAGAGGUGGAGCCUGGCCCCCGAGGUCAAGCGGGAAGCGGAGCCGGCCGAGGGGCACGGCUCCGAGGGCCCAGAGGCAACGUACAAGGUCGCGGGGUCUGGCUUGGAGAAGCCGAAGGUGGAAGACCCCGAGGAGGAGGAGGAGCAGCAGCAGCAGCCCCUGGUUCUGGAACUUAGCGGCGUCACUGUGGUGAGAGUUGGCGGGGAGGAUGCAGGCGUCUCCCCCCCCGGCUCCUUCGGGCAGGCUGAGGAUUACGAGCUGGAAGAGGGCGAGGUGAGGUUCCCGGGCGAUGACGAUCUGGUGCUGGAGAACGGCUCAGACGACGGCUCCUUCAGCAGCUCCGACAGCAGCCUGGACGGCGACAGUGAAGGCUCGGCGCUGACGGAGCUGAGCGACGACGAGGGCGCCCCAGGCGGCGUGGGGACCAAGGCGCCGCCAACGCCGCCCUCUACCAGGGGAGGCCAGCCCGCCUACCGCCCGUGCAGCAUCUUCGGCGCGGAGAAGCGCCCGGCGUCGCGGCGCCGGGGGAAGGCAUGGCACUGCCAGGCUUGCGAGGGGUGCCGCUCCUCCGAGGAGCAACCGAGGGGUCCCCCGGGCAGGGGCAGGCUGGGGGCCAGCAGGGGGGAGGGGUGGAAGAAUGCCGUGUCCACCGCUUCCGCCUCACGCCGUUGCCCGCCGGAGUGCAGCGGGCGGAACGGCCCGUGCCACAUCAGCCAGCAGCGCAACCGGCAGGGCCCAGGCUGGGAGCGGGUGCAGGGGGCAGGGCGGGCGAUGGCCAAAGGGGCGAAGGUGCCGGCCCGCAGCCACAGCAAGAAGGGGGCGGCCGGCAAGCACUUCCGGGUGCCUCGCCACAAGAAGGGCACCGAGGCUUUGGAGGAACAGCAAAGGCGCUUCACCAAGACGGCCAGCUCGAGAAAAUGCGGCCGACUCAAGCACUGCUGCGAGUUCUGCGGUAAAGGCUUCCUCCAGCCAGGCCACCUGACUGAGCACAUGGCCACCCACAGCAAGGCGAAGCAGUUCCCCUGCCAGCUGUGUGGGCAGAAGUUCCUGCGGGAGCGCGAGCUGCGGCUCCACGUGGCCAUACACACCAGCGACGCCCGCUACGAGUGCCAGGUCUGCGGCCAGGGGAGCUACCAUAAGCGCAGCCACCUCCGGCACAUGGCUUGCCACCUCUCCCAGGGCCAGGCCCUCUGCCAAGUCUGCUUCGAGAUCUUCCGCGACGCGGUGGAGCUGGAGCGGCACCUCGAAAGCCACCUCCACCCGUGCGGGGCAUGUGGCGAGAAGUUUAAGCUGAAGAAGGACAUGGUGACACACGCUACCAGCUGCUGGACAAAGAAGUUGUUGGACUCUGAACUGGACAAGUCUUCCCGAUCUUCCAAGACAUGA